AUGUCCCAGUGCAAUCCCUCAUCCCAUGGAAUAUUGAAAGAGCUUGGCAAACUUGCAGAGCUGAAACAAAGGGGUCUGAUUCUUGACCGUCACUUCGAGACAAUCAAAGCACACGUGAAGGCGGGCAACUCCGUUGCGAAGGAGCGAUGGGACGCCAUCGAGAGCGCGUGGGGGCUGAAGCAGAACGGUGUCUUCGACGAAGAAGAGUGGGUCACGCAGAUUGACGGCGAAACGCAGGGUAUUACCGGCAGCACCCGCCUGUCCUCUUCAUCCCAAGAAGAUGUCGGCAGCGCGCGAGGUACUGCACCGCCGUCUCAGCACCCACCUGCUGCUGCAGGUACCGCGAGGAGAAAGGCCGUGGAUCGCGGGAAGCAAGUUAGGGAGAGAGCUGCCAAAGGCACUUUAGGCGGCAAACUCUGUAACGCGUUCGCAAUUGGCAGCCGAGGACCGAUUGAGCGGACUCGCGGUGGAGUGAAAGAUUUCAUAUCCGGUAUAAUCUUCCAACCUCCGACCCCGGAGUCCCGCCGGUCUUGCCCUCACUGUCCCAUGACCUUCGUGAACGAGCAAGGCCAUGGGAUCCACGUGAGAACGCAGCACAGCAGUGCAAACAUGUCCAAUGGCGUGCGGCUGCGGCGAAUGUUACGGAAGGAUGUCGAAGGGAGUGUCCUGCCGUGGGAAGCUGCCGGGCCUGGGCGUUGUUGGCACGUGAAGUUCGAUCAUGCGACGGGGACGGCUUCGUUCAAAGCCCACGCGGUCAACCAGCUGCGCAUCCUCCAGGGCAACGCCGAAGACCUCUGGAAGGAGGAGCGGCGCACGCCUCUUCAGUUCUUGGAGGAUCGUCUCAAGAUUCCCUACAGCAAUAUAGUGAAGUGGGCCAAGAACGAGAAGAAAUUGAUCGCGGCGGCAGCCGAUGACGCAAAGAAGAGUCUCCUCGCCAAACAGCAGCCUAAGCGGUGGUUUCCUGAGGCAGAGAAGCGACUGUACAAGGAGUUCGUGGAGCGGCUGAAGCUGAAGGUGUCGACCCUACGCCGGACCAACCUCAAGAACAAGUCUGUCGAAGAGCGGCUUCCAAAGAUCCAGCGCUCCCACCGGCUGUUUCGCAAGCUCCUGCAAGAGCCGGUGCGGUACAGGGCGCCCGAUGAGUCCGACGCGUCGGCAGUCACGACGGUCGCGGAGAGCGAGUGCAGGGUUCCCAAAUACGGUCAAUUCCAGCUCUGGGAGCGUUGUAAUGUGGAUCAAGUGUCUUUGGCAUUCGUGAACGGGCUGCUCGACACGUGGGACAAGAGAGGUGCGUUGCGGGUAGCAAUCUCGCAGCCCUUUCCUGGCCUAGAGAAAAGGCAGUGCACGAUGCAAGUCAUCUUUGGUCCGGGUGACAAGACCAUAUGCAUUUCGGUGAUUUUCCGAGGCACGGGAAAGCGGAUCUCGCCGGUGGAGAAGGCAGCGUAUCACGAGGACGUGGACGUGUUUCCAGGAGAACGCGUGGGCCGUCCACAAGUUCUGCAUGGAUUGGGCGAAGCGGUCCUACCGCGAAGGCCUCAUGCGCGGGCGGGGUGAGCUCCCCAAGGCGAGGUCCAUUAUCAUGGACAAGUUGCACGCGCAGACCACGGACGAGUUUAAGGAGUAUCUUGCGAAGCACUGCAAGACUCUCGCCUGGUAUGGCCCUUCGGAGUGCACGGACGAAGUGCAGCCAGUUGAUGCAGGAGCCGGACGAUUUCUCAAGGUUGAAGUGGGGAGGCAGAUGGACAUAUGGCUCGAGCAGUCGGAUA